AUAGAGGCUCCGCGGCCGCCAUUUUCUUUCUUUCUUAGCAGUUGGCUGGGAGAAGGUCUCUGUGAAGAGCGGUAGCGGCCACAGUAGGGUAGAGAUGGCAGACUAUUCAACAGUCCCUCCACCCUCCUCUGGCUCAGCUGGCGGUGGAGGCGGCGGCGGCGGCGGCGGAGGUGUUAACGAUGCUUUCAAAGAUGCGCUGCAGAGAGCCCGGCAGGUAAGCCGGGGCCGCGCGGCGGGAUCCCGACGGCUCACGAUUGCAGCGAAAAUUGGAGGUGAUGCUGGUACAUCACUGAAUUCAAAUGACUAUGGUUAUGGGGGACAAAAAAGACCUUUGGAAGAUGGAGAUGGCUCUUGGACAAGUCCGAGCAGUACAACACACUGGGAGGGAAUGCCCUCUCCUUUUAAAGAUCAACCAGAUGCUAAGAAAGUUGCUCCUCAAAAUGACUCUUUUGGGACGCAGUUACCACCGAUGCAUCAGCAGCAAAGCAGGUCUGUAAUGACUGAAGAAUACAAAGUUCCAGAUGGAAUGGUUGGAUUUAUUAUUGGCAGAGGAGGUGAACAAAUCUCACGUAUACAGCAGGAAUCUGGAUGCAAAAUACAGAUUGCUCCUGACAGUGGUGGCCUUCCAGAAAGGUCUUGUAUGUUAACUGGAACACCUGAGUCUGUCCAGUCAGCAAAGCGAUUACUGGACCAGAUUGUUGAAAAAGGAAGACCAGCCCCUGGCUUCCAUCAUGGCGAUGGACCAGGAAAUGCAGUUCAAGAAAUAAUGAUUCCAGCUAGCAAAGCAGGAUUAGUUAUUGGAAAGGGGGGAGAGACAAUUAAACAACUUCAGGAACGGGCUGGAGUUAAAAUGGUUAUGAUUCAAGAUGGACCUCAGAAUACUGGUGCUGACAAACCUCUUAGGAUUACCGGAGAUCCAUACAAAGUUCAACAAGCCAAGGAAAUGGUGUUAGAGUUAAUUCGUGAUCAAGGUGGUUUCAGAGAAGUUCGAAAUGAGUAUGGGUCAAGAAUUGGAGGAAAUGAAGGGAUAGAUGUCCCCAUUCCAAGAUUUGCUGUUGGCAUUGUAAUAGGAAGAAAUGGAGAAAUGAUUAAAAAAAUACAAAAUGAUGCUGGUGUUCGAAUUCAAUUUAAGCCAGAUGAUGGAACAACACCUGACAGGAUAGCACAAAUAACAGGACCUCCAGACCGAUGUCAACAUGCUGCAGAAAUUAUUACAGACCUUCUUAGAAGUGUUCAGGCUGGUAAUCCUGGUGGACCUGGACCUGGUGGUCGAGGGAGAGGUAGAGGUCAAGGCAACUGGAACAUGGGACCACCUGGUGGACUACAGGAAUUUAAUUUCAUUGUACCAACUGGGAAAACUGGAUUAAUAAUAGGAAAAGGAGGUGAAACCAUAAAAAGCAUAAGCCAACAGUCUGGUGCAAGAAUAGAACUUCAGAGAAAUCCUCCACCUAAUGCAGAUCCUAAUAUGAAGUUAUUUACAAUUCGUGGCACUCCACAGCAAAUAGACUAUGCUCGGCAACUCAUAGAAGAAAAGAUUGGUGGCCCAGUAAAUCCUUUAGGGCCACCUGUACCCCAUGGGCCCCAUGGUGUCCCAGGGCCCCAUGGGCCUCCUGGGCCUCCUGGGCCUGGAGCUCCAAUGGGACCAUACAACCCUGCACCUUAUAAUCCGGGACCACCUGGCCCUGCUCCUCAUGGUCCUCCAGCUCCUUAUGCUCCCCAGGGAUGGGGAAAUGCAUAUCCACACUGGCAGCAACAGGCCCCUCCCGAUCCAGCUAAAGCAGGAACCGAUCCAAAUUCAGCAGCUUGGGCUGCGUAUUAUGCUCACUAUUACCAACAGCAAGCACAGCCACCACCUGCAGCUCCCACUGGUGCACCAACUACAGCCCAAACCAAUGGACAAGGUAACUAUGGUGAUCAACAGAAUCCAGCUCCAGCUGGACAGGUUGAUUAUACCAAGGCUUGGGAAGAGUACUACAAGAAAAUGGGUCAAGCAGUUCCUGCUCCUACUGGUGCUCCACCAGGUGGUCAGCCAGAUUACAGUGCAGCCUGGGCUGAAUACUAUAGACAACAAGCAGCCUACUAUGCCCAGACAAGUCCCCAGGGAAUGCCACAGCAUCCUCCAGCACCUCAGUGCCUUCCCAGACCUUCCACCUUAGGUUCUGCUGCAAAAAGCAACAGUGCUGAAGAUGCUGCAAGCACCAAAUCAUAGCUCAUAAAAUCAGGUCCUGAGAUAGUUACCCAUAAAGAGGAAUCCUUUGAGUGUAUGCCAUUGGUGAGCCGAUGAGCAUGGACCAUAGAAGGGCUCAAUGUAGAAGAAACUACCCGUGUGUAAAAAGAAGAUUGGCUUAAAAUGGCUACUGUGAUGGGAACAGUGUCUUAGGGAGAUGCAGCUUGGACUGGAGGUAAAUUGAAUACUUUACAAACUGUGGUUUAGAGUUUGCUUUAAUGACAUUGUAUGUAAAAGGACACAUGAUUGCUGUAAUUUUGUAUUAUGGUUUCCUCAAUAAAAAAAAAUAAAUGUACAUUGAUGAAUA